UCCUCGCGGCCAUAUUUGCUGCUGGUCGGGGUCUCUGCCGCCUUUGAGUCGCGGUGUGUGGGUUUCCAGGGGGCGGGAGGCAGAAGGCGCCGAGGAGUCGCGGUCCCCGCCGCCGCCACACGCGUGGGCGAGGCUCGGCGACCCCGCGAGGGACCCGCCUCAGGGCGGGACCGGGUCCCUCCCCGCCCGCAGGUCCGAUGGCGGCGGCCGCGCCGAGGCGCCCGGCUGAGGCCAGGGUGACCUUGGAGGACGUGGCCGUGCAUUUCUCGCAGGAAGAAUGGAGGCUGGUGGACGAGGCUCAGAGACGCCUGUACCUGCGUGUGAUGCUGGAGAACUUUGCCCUUGUGACCUCUCUGGGUUGCUGCUGUGGAGCCGACGAUGCGGCAGCACCCGGCGAACAGAGGGUUUCUGUGGGCGCCUCGCAGGGGAAGAAUCCCAGGGCAGCCGCGUCUUCCCGGAAGAGACACCCCUGUGAGCGUUGCAGGCCGGUCUUGAGGGACAUUUUCCACUUGGUCGAGCAGCAGACAAAGGAGAACAAGUUAAAGACAUCAGAGGUGUGCCAUACACCUAUUCCGGGAAGACAGUAAGUAUUUGGUUCCAGGACAGCUGUAAUAAAGCCAGUCACACACGUUUAAUGGUUCACUGUGCACAUAAAAAUUAUGUUUACACUCUAUAUCCUAUAGUCUGUGAAAUGUGCUAUAUCAUUAUGUUUUCAAACAAUAAUGUACAUAAUUUAAAAAAACAUUUAUGUUGCCCAAGCCAGUGUGGUACAGUGGUUUGAGCAUUGGCCUAUGCACCAGAAAGGUAGUAGGUUUGAUUCCAGGUCAAGGGCAGGUACCUGGGUUACAGGUUCCAUCACCAGUCCCCAUUGAAGCCCCUGGGGAAAGCAGUCCCUGUGUCUCAUACUGAUGGCCCUCUCUUUCCCCUCCUCCCGACCCUCCACUCUGAAAACCAAUGGAAAAAAUAUCCUCUGGUGAAAUACUAAAGCAAUGUAUGACAGUAGAAAAAUGGCAGAACAUUUCCCAGAAUUAUAAAAAUCUUAACUCCAUUGUGGGUCAAUUCACAGUCCUGGUCACUUGCUCCCGGUAAUGAUAGAACUCAUACAAUUCAACAAAAGGAAGACAAUCCAAUUAAAAAAAAUGGACAAAGGACCUAAAUAGACAUGUCUCCCAAGAUGACCAAUAUCCUAUAUAAUAAAAGGCUAAUAUGCAAAUAGA